AUGGGGAUUUCAAACACAUUUUUACUGAAUGGAAGGGAUUCUGGUUUUACUUCUGGAGCUGUAACAAUUUCAGUCGUGGCAGAAGUAAAGGAAAAUUGCCGUCUCUGUUCUGCGGAAGUUGACAGGAUUUUGUCUGGAAAAGUUGAUUCACAAUUAUUACUGGAUCUUAAUGAAUCUCAAAGAGCUGUGGUAUUGGGGACUAUAUCUGCAGUGCAGUGUGACCACAGGUCUUCAGUGAAACUUGUUUGGGGUCCACCUGGGACAGGAAAAACCAAAACCAUUAGCAUAUUACUGUAUAACUUUUUAUGUAUGAACUACAGAACACUUGCUUGUGCCCUGAAAAACGUUGCAGUUGCUGAACUUGCGCUACGUAUCUUGAACCUUCAGAAAGAUGCUAGCGAAUCAGACUUUGGAAAGAACAAGUCAAGUUGUUCAUUAGGGGACUUUCUCUUGUUUGGAAAUAUGAAUACAUUGGAGUUAUGUAAUGAUCUUGGAAAGAUUUAUGUGGAUUAUCGUGUGGAUAGUCUUGUAGAGUGUUUUGCUCCAUCAACUGGUUGGAAGAAGCAUUUUGAUUCCAUGGUGGAUUUUCUUGAAGAUUGUGUAUCUCGGUAUCGUUUGCAUUUGAAGAAUGUAAUAACUACAAAGGUUCAUGUAUUGGAGAAAGUUGGAACUAAUUCUGAAGUCCAUAUGUCACUUGUCAGGUUCGCAAAAGAUCGAUUCAGAGCUUUAAGAGUGCCACUCAAAAGAAGCAUCAGAAUACUAUGCACGCAUCUCCCUAAAAGAAUUUUGCUGGGGAAUUUCGAAAAGAUAGAUACUCUUUGUGGUUUGCUUGAAUCUUUUGAUAUUUUGCUCUCUCAAAGUCAGGUGGCUGACGAAAAAUUUGAGGAACUCUUUGCUCUGCAAGAAAAUUACUCCAAGGAGGCACAAGGAAGUACAGCAUGUAACCAUAUUUCAGCCAAAUUACACAAGAUGGGAAUUGAAAUUGUGGAGGUUCUAAGAUCGGUCGACCAUUCUCUGGAUGAUUGCCUUCCAAGUUCCAUAAACAGAAAUUUCUUAACAGAGUUCUGCUUAAAGAAUUCAUCCCUCAUUUUUUCCACAGUGUCAAGCUCAUAUAAUCUGCAUGAGGUAAAUUUGGAACCACUGGAUUUCCUGGUAAUCGAUGAAGCUGCUCAGUUGAAAGAGUGUGAAUCAGUGAUUCCCAUGCAGCUUGGAGCAAUACGACACGCUGUCCUAAUUGGUGACGAGUGCCAUCCACAAUCUAGGGUGAAAAGCAGGGUGUCUGAUGAAGCUGGCUUUGGAAGAAGUCUAUUUGAAAGGUUGGGUUUCUUUGGGCAUUCCGAGGACCUUCUAAACAUGCAGUACAGAAUGCAUCUAGAGAUAAGCUCUUUUCCAAAUCACAAAUUUUAUAAAGAUCAGAUUAUAGAUGCUCCAAGCAUUCUUUGUGAAAAUUUUCAAAAAAAUUAUAUACCAGGAGACAGACCUAUGUUUGGUCCCUACUCGUUCAUAAAUAUUUCUAGUGGAAGGGUGGAGACAGAUGAAGCUGGGCUUGGUAUAAAAAAUAUGGUUGAAGUGGCAGUUGUAAUGGCAAUAACGCGAACCCUAUUUAAAGCAUGGGAACGCUCAAAGCAUAGCUUAACCAUUGGUAUUAUAUCUCCGUACCCUGCCCAAAUUGCUGCAAUGGAGAAUAAAGUUGGCCAGAAAUAUGAGAAGCUAAAGGACUUUAUGGUGAAGGUGAUGUCUGCAGAUGGAUGUUAUGGCAGCGAGGAAGAUGUCAUAAUAAUAUCUACUGUGGGGUCUAAUCAUAGUGGGUCAUCAGAUGGGUGCCUUUCUAAUCCGCACUGUACUAGUGUUGCUCUGACACGGGCUAGGCACUGCCUUUGGAAUUUGGGGGAUGACAAAAAAUUGUGUAAGAUUGGAUCUUUCUGGGAAGAUUUAAUCCGUAAUGCGAAGAGCCGACAACGUUUUUUUAAUGCUGAUGAAGAUGAAGAGCUAGUGAAUGCAAUGUUCAAGGCCAACAAAGAGCUUGACCAGUUGGAUAAUUUACUUAGUGAAAAUAGUAUGCUUUUCAAAAGUGCAUUGUGGAAGGUCCUGUUCAGCAAUAACUUUAGGAAGUCAUUUGGGAAGUUGAAGUCAUCACAAACACAAAAUUCUAUGUAUAAGGUUGGAAAGUUGUAUAUCAUUUCUAGCGUCGAUGUUGCGAAAUAUUCAUGCUACACCCAAGUGUUGAAGAUAUGGGAUAUUUUACCUCUCGAGGAAAUACCAAAACUAGUGAAGAGUCUGGAGAGCAUAUUUUCCAUAUACACUGACGAAUACCUCGAGCGCUGUAAGCAGGAAGACAUUAAGGGGGAUAUGGUAGUUCCAGUUACCUGGAGAAUAGAUGACGAGAUGGUUAGAUAUAAGAAUACUGGCAAUGCUGAGUUAGUAGAUAGUUCAGUAUCAGCAGGGAGAUGUUACAUUGAGAACUCAAAAGUGAGAGAUAGUCUACUGCUCAUGAAGUUCUACUCCUUAUCAGCUGGUGUAGUAAACCAUUUGCUCUCAGGAAGUGAUGGAAAAAAGCUUGAUCUUCCUUUUGAAGUAACAGAUAAAGAAUUAGAUAUCAUUCUUUUCCCUAGAAGUACUUUCAUUCUUGGCAGGUCUGGAACAGGGAAAACCACUGUUUUGACAAUGAAACUGUUUCAAAAGCAGCAGCAACACUACUUCUCUUCUAAAGGACUUGUGGAAGCCAUGGAAGAUGUUUCUUUGUGGGAUCCAGCUGGGAAUGCGUGCAGAGUGGUUGAAGAUGAGACAAAAGGUACUGUCUUAGGACAAUUGUUCGUAACAGUCAGCCCAAAAUUAUGCGCUGCUGUUAAAAACCAAAUUUCUAAAUUGAAAAGCAGUGGUAGGGCCUUAACAGAUUACGAUUCCCUUGGGUCGGCUAAUUUCGAUGAUGCAGCUCAAUAUCGAGAUACACCAGACAUAAGGGACAUUCCACCUGAAAGUUUUCCACUUGUCAUAACAUUUCAGAAUUUCUUAAUGAUGCUUGAUGGAAGUACGAGGAAUUCGUAUUUUUAUAGAUUUGGUGAUAUGACCAAGAAGCUUGAUCCAUCUAUGGUUUUUGUCGAGAUAACUUCACACAUAAAAGGUGGGCUAUUAGAUGGAAGGCUACCUGAUGACAAACUAAGUCGGGAUGAUUACAUAAAACUAUCAGAUGGACGGGGGUCAUCCAUAAGCAAAGAAAUAAGGGAGAUGGUUUAUGAUAUCUUUCUUGAAUACGAGAAGAAGAAAAUACUAAAUGAUGAAUUCGAUUUGGCUGAUUUUGUCAUUGACCUUCACCGUCGACUGAAAACUGGGUGUUACGAGGGUGUGGAAAUGGAUUUUGUGUAUAUUGAUGAAGUACAGGAUCUCACCAUGAGACAGAUUGGUCUAUUCAAAUAUACUAGUGUUGAGCCCGUGCAUUGCACGGGUUUAAGUCUGUCAUACCGAAUUUGUUACUAUGAUAUAAAUGCAUAA